UACGUCACAGCUACUUCCUUCCGCUUCUUCUCGUCUCUCCACCGCCAGCUGCGUGGUUUAGCGGCGGUAGCUAAUUGAGCAUACAUUCUCCUUUUUCACUCCAGCAUCUAAACUAGCUUGAACUAAUAGCUAAUACAAUGUCAUACCACGACGAAGAGGAUUACGAUCCUUACUCCUACACAAACGACUACGAUCUGCACACUGGUGACCCUAAAGCAGACCUUGCCUACGAGAGGCAGUAUGAGCAGCAGACCUACCAUGUCAUCCCAGAGGUGAUCAAGAACUUUCUGCAGUAUUUCCACAAAACCAUCUCUGACUUGAUUGACCAGAAGGUUUAUGAGCUGCAGUCCAACCGGGUGUCUAGUGAGAGCAUUGAGCAGAAGAUCUACGAGAUCCAGGACGUCUAUGAAAACAGCUGGAACAAGUUGACUGACCGUUUCUUCAAGACCUCUCCCUGGCCAGAGGCUGAGGCCAUUGCAUCACUUGUUGGCAAUGAUGCCGUGUUUCUCAUUCUCUACAAGGAACUCUAUUACAGACACAUCUACGCUAAAGUCAGCGGUGGACCAACUUUGGACCAGAGAUUUGAGUCCUACUACAAUUACUGCAACCUCUUCAACUACAUUCUCAAUGCUGAUGGGCCGGCCCCCUUGGAGCUGCCAAACCAGUGGCUCUGGGACAUCAUUGAUGAGUUUAUCUACCAGUUUCAGUCAUUCAGUCAGUACCGCUGUAAGACAGCCAAAAAGUCUGAAGAGGAAAUUGAAUUCCUGAGGAGCAAUCCGAAGAUCUGGAACGUCCACAGUGUCCUCAAUGUUCUCCACUCCCUGGUGGACAAGAGCAACAUCAACCGUCAGCUUGAGGUCUACACGAGUGGAGGAGACCCAGAAAGCGUGGCUGGAGAAUAUGGACGUCACUCCCUGUACAAGAUGUUGGGUUACUUCAGCUUGGUCGGGCUUUUGAGGCUUCACUCUCUGCUUGGUGACUAUUACCAGGCCAUCAAAGUCCUGGAGAACAUUGAGCUCAAUAAGAAGAGUAUGUACUCGCGUGUUCCAGAGUGCCAAAUCACCACAUAUUACUAUGUGGGUUUUGCCUACCUUAUGAUGAGGCGCUACCAGGAUGCCAUUCGAGUCUUUGCUAACAUCCUGCUCUAUAUCCAGAGAACAAGAAACAUGUUCCAGAGGUCAACGUAUAAAUAUGAGAUGAUUAACAAACAAAAUGAGCAGAUGCACGGCCUGCUGGCUAUCGCUCUGACCAUGUACCCGAUGCGCAUCGACGAGAGCAUCCACACCCAGCUGAGGGAGAAGUACGGAGAUAAGAUGCUCCGCAUGCAAAAGGGAGAUCUGCAGGUGUUCGAGGAGCUGUUCAGCUUUGCCUGUCCCAAGUUCUUGUCACCUGUAGUGCCAAACUACGACAACGUCCACCCGAACUACCACAAAGAACCUUUUCAACAGCAGUUGAAGGUCUUUGCUGAGGAGGUGCAGCAGCAGGCCCAGCUCUCCACCAUUCGAAGCUUCUUGAAGCUGUACACAACCAUGCCAGUAGCCAAGCUGGCCGGCUUUCUGGACAUGACAGAGCAGGAGUUCCGCAUUCAGCUGCUCGUCUUCAAACACAAGAUGAAGAAUCUGGUGUGGACCAGCGGCAUCUCAGCGCUGGACGGAGAGUUCCAGUCUGCCUCUGAGGUCGACUUUUACAUUGACAAGGACAUGAUCCACAUUGCCGACACCAAAGUCGCUCGUCGGUAUGGAGACUUUUUCAUCAGACAGAUCCACAAGUUUGAGGAGUUGAACAGGACUCUGAAGAAGAUGUCAACCACUGCUACCACUGUGACAUCAGGAACCGCUACAAGCCGAUGAGACAAGACGGCACAUCAAGUCUUCUAAUGCCUCCUUCCAGUUUUUUGACAGCUAUUAUUAAUGAAAGAUUUUCUAUGUAAUCUAAUAACAAUAAAAGGAUGGAUUGGAGUGCAAAUUAA